ACGUUAAAGUCAUUCGCCAGUCAUUCGUAGGGAUUAGAGUAGAAGGAAUAAAAUUACUUUAAGAGUACUGAGAAAAUUAAUGGAGUAAAAUAAUGAUUUUUCGCUAAAACACCCAGUGUAUUACUAAACAUUUGAUAAAACAUCAAAAUGGUAACUAUUAUAAAAAACCAACUGCUUAAACACUUAUCAAGGUACACAAAAAACUUAAAUCCCGAGCAAAUAUCCUUAUCAGCAUUACGAGGUUCUGGUGAACUCCAAGACCUGACUCUGGAUGAGGAUCUGUUAACUGAUCUACUUGAGCUGCCAGGCUGGGUGCGCUUGACUUCCGCAAGAUGCAAUCGAGCCUCAUUCAGGAUUCAAUGGACAAAACUAAAGACAGUUCCUAUUGUACUGAAUCUAGACGAAGUUCACAUAUCGCUGGAGGUAUGCACGGAGCCUCGUGUCAUGAAACCAGGGGCUGGUGGUGCUAUGCCUAUACCGGGGAAGUAUAGCUAUAUACAUAAGGUGAUAGACGGUAUAUCAGUGGCUGUGAACCAAGUACAGAUAAACUUCAAAUGUGAUGCCUUCACCAGUAGCGUUCAGAUCUCAAGAGUGACGGUCGAGUCUCGGACGCCGGAAGGCAAGAAAGGUGAUCUAAGACUGACUAGAAUCAAAUGCCCUGACACGGGACAGUUACUUAUAUUUAAGGAAUUGGAGUGGCAGAGCGCCCGUAUAGAGGCGAAGGCUCACGGCGCGGCCGCGGCCAGCCUGCCCCCGUUAAGGCUUCUCCUGGGGACUACUUACUGUAGGAUUGUUAUUAAGAAGAGACUAUCAGACUGCGCGGUUCUUGGGUCCCGCCUGGUGCUGCGCCCUGAGCCGGUGGCGUGGGCUUUGACUGACGGACAGUUGAGGGCGGCACUCGCCUGUGGAGCGGCUCUCGCUGGACCUGUCAAAAGGGCCACCGAAAUGGCCACUAGGACCAAAGCUGCUCAUAAGAUAGAGGAGCCCCGAGAGCAAAUCCAGACGCGUUCGUCGUCUAGCGAGCGUGACAUUCUCGCACGAAUGUUCGCUAAACACGACGUUCGGGAGACUUCUUAUCACCUGCUCGCUCCCAGAAUAGACCUGCACCUGUGUGAUGACCCUGGAUUGGGUAGGUCUGAAAUGCCACAACUAGCCAAUGGAGGAGCUCUUCAAGUGACUCUGGUGAGCAUGCAAUGUGACCUGUUCCCGUACCAUAAAGCAUCAGCUGACAGAAGACAUUGGAGAGGCUACAGGGAGGCAGCAACACCUCACAGUCAGUGGCUCUCUCAAGCUUUAUCUUCAUUCUGUACCACUCUGCUGGAGACAUUGGAUCCUAGACCUAUUAUACAGACAAAUAAGCCGAGUCAACAUGAAACAAAACCAAGCCAGGAACCAGUGUCUAAUAAAGAGAAUCAUCGUACUACCACCACUCCAACCACUACCACUACCACCACCACCACCACACAAGUGUCUCCAACGAGGACACGGAUUCUACAACAGUUGGGCAGACUCAUGACGACCUGUCUCGUGUUGAGGAUAGAGGAUUUCACUGUUUAUAAGGUUUCUACAGGGUCCAAGUCUCGUGAAGCCCCCAGACCUUUGGUGAGCGCUGAGAAGGCGACUCUGCCAGGUGACGCUGGUCUCCUUCACGCUGAACUGACAUUUUUCUACUAUCCCGGGGAUAUCUGCUUCCCUGUGCCAGCCCCGAAGCUCUACGUGCAGCUGAGUCCGGUUCGUGUAUCGGUGGACGUGACGAGUCUGUUGUGGUUGACAGCCUUCCUUCCUCAUGUGGGUGCGGCCGUCGUGCACACCGACGACGAUUCAUCCUCGUAUAUGGACGUGCGGGCGGAGGCGAUUAUGCCCAAGAUAGUUUUGGAGGCUGGUCCCGAGCACGUGUCGCAGCAGAGAGAUCGGCCCAAGGAACUGCAGAUAUGUACCGCCAGGGCUACCAUCACUAACAUAAGGGAGUCACCCAGAGCUAAUACAGCGGGGACCCGGGCUGAUCUGGCGUGCAUUAUAGCGUCGAUCCGCGAGCGAGCGCCCCCGAGAGGAAAGUUCCCAACGUCUACCCAAGACAUGGACCCGGUUCACGAGAACUUCGUGCUACACGCGGAACACUUGGACGAUAUCGACCGUGGUACAGCCAUAAGCCCUGAGCUGUUGUGGCGUGAGAACAGAUCUAUUUGGUGUGCGAGAGUGGAACCUCUGUGGGCGGAUUUCUGUGGCGCCAGAGCCACCAAUUAUAAACCCUCGCCGUUGUUGGACGCUACGCCGCUUACUGCGUGGAUUUACCAGGAGGAUGGCUUUUCUCGUAUCUGGGUGAUAGCUCGUACAUCUGGCCUCAGUGGCCUCCAGCUGCAUCACUACCAGCUGCUGUUCUUAAUGCGUCAGCUGGAACGGAUCAGCGAGCUGACCACCUGGAUGGCGCACCAGGCCAGCCGCCUGGAAGAUGACCAGGGAACUAUGGUGGUGGGUCUAGUAGUGCCGGCGGUGGAGUUGACGCUUGUUCUUCCCACUAACUGCCCUGGACAAGAGUCUUCUAGGGAUCUGGAUAGUGUUCCUCUAGACUCCUCCAGUCUUAAUGAUAUGAAACUAGGUUCAGAAGCGACGAUGGCUGCAUCUAUAUGUUCCGAGGCUACAAUGGCUCCAUCUAUGUUGGAUCGUGAUAGCGGUGUUUUGGCGACGCAGGCGUCUGUGGAGGUGUUCUGUAGUCAGCCCCUACCCGCUGAAGAGAUUCCUCCAUCCAGCCCCGGGUUGAGUUUUGGAGGGUUCACGUCCAUGCGUCGCGGCCUGACGUCCCUGGUCAGCUCCAUAGACAGCGCCCUGACCCGUGACGACGGCCGCAGCGACGCCGCGUCCACCGCCAGCUCCGACAGCGACCGGUACGUGGUGGUGGGACUCGCGGCGGAGUCGCCGGACGACGCGGACGUAGCAUUCAGGGAGUUCGAACACGGUCGUUUGUCCAGCGGCGUGGAGGUGGCUGCCGAGGUGAUGGAACGAUCCUCAUCACCGAGCGACCACUCCAUCACCAGCUCCUGUAAACGACGAGACGUUAUAUCUACAUGCACGAUUCGUCUGAACGGCAUCCACGUGGUGCAGCAGAGUAACGCCGGCACCACCAGCAUGAGAUUAGCGGCCGAUGAUGUAAAACUGGACGAGUGCCCCGCCAUACCCUGGGACGAGUUCCAGAAUAAGUUCUCUAUGAGGGCGCGCGCUUGGUCGGACCUGGACGAGGGGGAGAAGACUGGUGACGCACCCAAGGUUACACUUAGGCUGCUCAGGACUGAGCUGCCGCGGACUGAAGAGGAGAAGAGAACGCCCGGAGCGCUAGCUAGGGCGUCAGAGUUGCUGGAGGGUCAAAUACGCUGUCUGAACCUCUCUCUCGGUAUGAGCACGGCACUCGCCCUCUCAGAGUUCAUAGAGGACGAGGUCAUCGCGCCUCCGAUGCCUCUAGAGGUUCUAAUAGAGAAUUUAAAACUGCAUCUCAUAGAGGACAGGCCGACCCGAUCCAUUUCAUCGCCGCCUCCUCAGCCUUUAGACCUCAACCUGUCCACUAUCAAACUGAGCCGGGAUUCCUCGGGGGUCGUGCACCUGGGACCGCCCACCAUCGAUGAACCGUCCCCGGAGACGACGUCCCCACAACAGUCCAUCGCGGAUGAAGUACAAAGACUGAACGAAGAGAACGAGGAGCUCAAGAAACGUUUGGCGACACUCAACAGAAUAGCAGAAGACAAUAGGGAAUUGAGAGCUAAGCUGGAGGAGGCGUCGGUUCUUCGUCAAUGCGCUCACGCAGCCCAACAGGAAGCAGAGCGACUCCUGGCUGACAAACACGACCUGUUGCAGACAGUCAGUGUACUUAAGGAGCAAUUAUCAGGAUCAUUUCGUAGCAAGAGGUAGCGCUCCCGCAGCGGGCACGGCUGUCUCGAUUGCACUGCCUGCUGCCCUGACCACCGACUGUAGACCUCUGACACCACCACAGAUAUUACAGGACGGGGACCCAGUUAUAUUGGAAAUUAUGAUGCCAGUGUUAACGCCCGGUGUUGAUUGCAUUGGACUUUAUAUACCAAAUACCGUAGAUCCAGUUGAACAGUGAAAGUGUUAAUGAAUAAUCAAUUUUGUAUUUAUAUGGGACAUUUUGUACGCGUUAUAACCAAAAUGAUCAUAUUUUAAUCACUGUUUAGCGAUUUGCGGUAUGUUUCUUUCCAAAAAAUAUUUGUAGACCAAUGGCUCAUUUACUGUCCAUGAGGUCACGGACCAACUUAUAAUGGUCUCUUAAAUAUACUAAUAUAUGGGAGCAUAUUAUACGGGACUAACAAUUUAGGACUUUCUUCCAUAACGGAUUUGUAAGAUGUAAUGAAGAAUCUUUUAAAGCGAUGUGUUAGCCCGAGUGUUUGGGUGUGUGCAAUAUGAUUAUACAUCAUUACCUGCGUCGGAGGCUACAGAAAUAACAGAUGGACAUAUUGAAUUAGAUUUUGAAAACUUAAUUGUCGAAGACAAAAGUAAAAAAUACUUCAGGACGACUUGUGGAACUAAUGAGAUGAAUUUGUACUAAUCCCAGGGCUUAAAAAUAUACUUUAAAUUCAAUAAAUGUGCGAACACAGUCUGCUCGUGCAAACAUUUAGAUUCGGCCAGAAUAUUGUGUGAGAUCGCGUGUUAAAAGAUAUUUUGUACUCGUCUGUGCUGUUUGAUGUAAUUAAAGGGUUUCGGGUUUUAUAUAUAUCGUGACGUGUUUUGAAUUGUGCUUCCCUGAUAUAUUAUUAUAGAUUAUUUGUACAUAAUAUCACUUGUAACAAUAUAUAAGCCAGUCCAUGGUAUUAUGUAACAUGAAAUUUUUAGUCACAUCAUAAUGUUGGUACUUAAAAUGCAUUUAUUUUGUGAUCCAUAGAUAAAUAUUUUAUUUUAAAAAUCUUUAUUGUUUAGCUAAUAAAUGAAUUAUAGAUACAAUAAGUUUAAUAACAGGUAAAUUACUAUUAAACAGAAUUGUUCCUUUUAUAACGAAUUGAAUUGAAAUCGCAAUAACAAAUGUCUAUAGAUAGUAAGCUUUUGCAGUUUAUUUAUUAAAAAAAUAUAUUUUUAAUAACUAACUAGCAAAAUAUGUAAAUAAUGUUGCCAUAUCAAACGCUCGAAUCUUCCAAAAAACAUUCAUUAAAAAUAUAAAAUGUGAUAUUUAUUUUAUAUGCAGUUGGUAUUUUGUUAAAACGCCUCAGUCGCCUUCAACUAUUUUAAAAGGAUUAAUUGAAUCGAUUGUAAAACGAAUAUUUCAAAGUAAUUUCUUUUUAUCAGUGAUUAAAAACUAGUUCUUAAAAAAUACAUUAGUUUAAAAAAUUUUAGGAUUACAUUUUAAUUUAAUUUAAUUUUUUACUUAUUUUUUAUAUAGGAAUUCAAUCGAUUUGUUACAAAACUGUUGGAGCCAUAGAAAGUUACCGAAAACAAGCAUCAAUAUAUAUUUGUCUAGUUUUAUAAUUCUAAAAUUAAUUGUAACACAACUUUGGUAAUUUUUGUGUGAGAUUUCUGUUCAAUGUAUUUUAAAUCAAUGGGUUUCCUUCGAGAUAUGACUGAUGUUCACUGCCCAUUCGAUUUGUAUAUUAUAUCAGAGCAAUACUAGGUUCGGCAUUCGAUGUUUGAUAUCAUAGAUAAUAAAGUAGGAGAAUCUAAGGUGCCUGUUUCAUUACGUCAGUGUUAUGUAACCUUAUUAUAUAUAAUCUUAAAUCUUUGUGUAGUGUGAGUCAUAUAUAAUCUUUUUCUUAUAUAUAACUGUGCAUUCUAGAAUUUUUUUAAAUGUAAUCAUAUAUGAUAAUUAUGUUACAUAUAAAUUAUAAUCUGUGCUUGUAAAAUGCAGUUUAUUGCUAAUUAUAUAUACAAUGCAUAUUAUACAUAUAUAUGAAUUUCGAAUAACAUUCAUUGGUAUGUACAUUAAAUUUAACUUAUUCAUACUUUAAAAAACUGAACGCAAUUGUCAUCUUCCUAUUGGACAGGCUAACAUAUUUUUAUAUAACAUAGGAAAUUGCUUGGUAUUUUUACAAUCGUGUGUUUUAUUUUUGCAUUCUGGUAGAUUUUUAAAUUCAAUGAAAAAGGCUAUAUUUAAUAUGUUAUUACAAUAUCUUAAUAAAUGGUUGUUGCAAUCUUUUAAGUUAAUUAAGGAAUUGUUAAAAUUAAAUUUAAUAUUCUAUAACAGUGAUUUUAUUUAUAAUUCGUGUUUUUCUGUAUGAUUUCCAAAUUAAAAUAAAGGUAAAAAAGGUUGGAAUGUGGAAAUUUAGUGUUGCUGUUAUGAAAAGAGUGAGGUGAAAUAAGGUAUUUUAUUUAUAUAAAACAUUUAGUGUGCAAAUUUUCAAGGUAAAAAAUACAAUCGAUAAGAAUCAUCGCCAAAGUAUUAAAAACAAAGCAUCUUUUUAAAUGGACUUGAAAAAUAAAAUCGAAUCUAUAUUCAUAGUAUAUUAAUUUUAAUAAAUAAAAAAUAUUUUUAAAUAACUCUCGUGACAUAAUUGAGGACUAACGCUGGCAACAUUAGUUGGUGAGUCAAGAAAUAACGUGACUGGGAUCAGUGGCAACAUUUUUAGUUAUGGCCACCAGUUGUUGGAAUGGAGCUCAGUGAUAGUUGACGGAUUUUUUGCGUUGAAAUUUAAAGUUUCUUGUAACUCGUAUCUUGUGUGAAAUAAAGAAAUUUUGUCGGUAUUCGUACAGUGUGUCGAAAGUGACAAAUCCUGCUGUGAAUUAAGUCAAAGAAUGUUUGUGUUGCCCUUAAAGUAAUAGGAUCAAGUCAGUGAUCAUAUUCUAUUGGAUUACGGUUCACAGUUUAUUCAGCUUAUAAAAUAUACAG